UCUAUAGAGUGUCCUUCGGCUUCAAUAAUGUAUUUGUAUGAAAACGGAAUGCAGGUUAUUACAACUGGUCAUUUGACAGUUUAUUUCAACAAUUUUUUAAAGUUUACAAGCUUCAUCUUUAUCACAACAAAUUACACAGCGAAUCUGCCUGUACAUCAUCAAAACCUUCUAAGUGAAUAUGGUAUUCUCUUUAAAACUCUUCGAUACAUGGAGAUUGAAGAAGGGUUUAACCUUAUGCAGAAUAUUAUGUUUGAUACCGUAAACUAUCGACAUUUGGGACCUUUGUACACUUAUGAUAUUGACCUCUCAAACGAAGCAAAAUCGGAGAGGCCUAAUGCCUUUUUGAAUGAGUGUGACUUUCAGAGCAACAUAAUAAAUGAGAGUCCUUACUGGACAGUGUUUUGGGAUAUAUAUUCCGCAAAUUUAAAUCAUUCUGGAACGGUAGACAUACAUAGUUACGUAGAUCAAGACCAGCAAUCCUUGGACCAACAGCAACGAAGAUUGUUAAAUGGUGACUUUCGGAAUUAUAUGAAAAAUAACGGUAUAGCAACUUCAGUAAAUGUAAGUUCAUGUAGUGAUAUCACACCGCUUCCAGAUAUUGAUUUUCCUAUACAAGCGCCCAAUGGCUUUCUAUACAAAUGGUGGACAGUUUUUUGGGAUUUAUACUCCGCAAGUUUAAAUCGUCCUGGAACCCUAGAAGCUAAGCGUUAUGUUAAG